AUGUUUCCUGUCUAUGAUACGGUUUGUGUUAUGUUGGAAAAAUCGUUUUCUCAAUGGAGUAAUGAUGAUAAAAAAGACUUUUUAAACUCCGAAAAACCUUCUCCGAUAUUAAAUGUAAAUAAAACCGCUAAAGUUAAGGACAAAGUGUACAUUCGAAAUUUUAAAAAAUCGUGGUAUAGUGAGUUUGCAUGGUUAUGUGGUAGCUAUUAUUUAAAUAAACUUUUUUGUGUGCCGUGUUUGAUUGUAAGUGUUAAAGCAACCGUGUGGAGCAAGUACGGUUUCAAUGAUUUCGGGAAUGUGACUCGUGCUCUUCGUAAACAUGAAGGAUCAUCGGAUCAUAUGCGUUGCGCACUAGGUUUUUCAAAAUUGAAGAAAAAUCUCACUACUAUUGAGGAUGCUUUACGCGAAAAUUCCAGGCUGUAUAUUAAACAGUUUAACGAAAACGUGCAACUUAAUAGACGUUUCAUGGAAUUGCCAAUACGCGCUGUCCUUUUUUUGGGCAAACAAGAACUGGCGUUUCGUGGCCACAACGAAGAGACGACUUCUAUUAACCGUGGAAAUUUCAAAGAGCUCCUAGAAGCAUUUGUAUCUAUAAGCCCUGUAGACAUUCAGGAGCACUACAAAAAAAUUGCCUCAAUAUUUGCGGGCAAUUCUAAAACCAUUCAAAACGAAAUUAUUGACUGCAUUGUCAAAUGCAUUGAUGAAUAUGUGGAAAAUGAAAUAAAGGAAUGCAGUUUUUUUUCCAUUCAGGUAGAUGAUUCCACCGAUAUUGCCCACAAAUCGCAGUGCAGCAUAAUAAUCCGUUAUGUCAAUCUUGAAGGAAAACUUGUGGAGAGAUUUUUAGGAUUUCAUGAUGUAAGCUGCAGCCGAACAUCUGAAGCAUUAUUUAACCUCGUGACAAGGUGUCUACAAAAUUUUGAUUACAAAACAAAACUCGUUGGACAAUGUUUCGAUGGUGCAAGCGUCAUGUCCGGACAGUUAAAUGGUCUUCAGGCUAAAAUAAAGGAACAGGCACCCCAAGCAGUUUUUGUUCAUUGCCUCGCACACCGCAUGAAUCUAGUGUUACAACAAAGUUGCAAUAGUAUUACAAAAUGCCGCAUUUUUUUUGCAACUAUAAGUGGUUUACCGCCAUUUUUUCACCAUUCUCCGAAACGAACUAACGUAGCAGACUCAAUAAUAGGACGUCGAAUACCUGUUUCCGUUAUUACGCGAUGGACAUCAAAUUCUAAAGUUAUCAGUUUUAUAAAUAAGGAGUGGGAUUCCUUAAAGCAAGUGUUUACUGAAAUUAUUAAUGAUCUAACCUCCGAUCAAGCCUCGGUUAGACAGAGCGACGGAUUUCUAAAUAAAUUCCAUGACUUCGAAUUCGUGCUUUUGGUUGUUGUUUUUAACGAGAUCUUUGGAAUGACAGAUAUACUAUUCGACACACUGCAAAAAAAAUCUUUUGAUAUAAACCUUUGCAUUAAGCAAAUUAAAAGUGUUCAAACACAAUUAAACAAGAAGAGAAAUGAAGAAACAUUUAAGAAUAUUUUCGAAUUGGCUGCAUCAAAAACAAGUGUACAAACGGAACACCGCGACGGCAGGACAAGAGUAACAUUGUCUCGGGAUCAAAUUAUUGAAAGAUAUAGAGUGCUGUAUUUUGAAAUUUUGGAUACCAUUCCUCUGCAAAUCACGACCCGUUUCCAAGAUAUGGAAAAGCUUCAUUUCACUUCGAAGUUCAAAACAUAUUCAGAAAAAUUUCCAACAGAAGCCCUAAGUAAUUUGAAGGAGUUUUAUUCAAAUACAUUCACAGAUUUUCAGAGACUGAAAAAUGAAUUGCAGCUGAUCUAUAGCGAUGAUCAAUAUCAAAAUAUGGAACCCCGCUUAUUAAAGGAAUCGCUAUUUGAGAAUCGCAGUAUCUUCAAGGAGGCAUAUAAGCUUUUGUGUUUAAUACUGACCAUUCCAUCAACAAGUGUUUCGACAGAACGCAGUUUUUCAUGCCUUAAGCGAAUCAAAAGUUAUCUACGAAGUACCAUGUCGGAAGAUCGGUUGACGAACUUGGCAAAAAUAUCGAUCGAAAAAGAAUUAUUAAAUGAACUGAUAGUGUCACAGCCGUUUUACGAUGACGUUAUAAAUAAGUUUGCUAAUUUGAAGGACCGACGAAUUGCUCUCAUAUAUAAACAAUGA